AUGCAGCCCACCACAAUGAUUGUUCUGGCUUGCCUAGUGGCAGUAGUAGCAGCGAACACACAAUACCAGUACCCCAUCGAAGAUUCCGCUAACUUACAGGAAGGCCAAGUCUAUGAAUCAAUCAACGACACACCAGUUCACGAAAACAGUCCAAGAACGAAGCGAGGUUUACUUCUUUUAAAGAAGAAACUCCUACUUGGAGCCCUUGGACUAAAAGCAGCGAAGGUGGGCGCUGUAGGUGCUGGAGUAGCUGGUGCCAUCGCACUUAAAAAGCAGUCAGUACACUCACAACGUCAAUAUUAUCACGGCCACUCUCCAUCAGUCGUUGAAGUUCAUAGGUAA